AUGAAAGACAUGCUUCAACGAAGACAGGAAAAUCGAAAGCAACCUGCUGGAACAUCGAAGGUGGAGGCGGAAAUGUUAGCAAUCGCACGAAAAGGCAUGGAAAGCGAUGAAGCUACGUUCUCGGUUGAACAGCCACUAGAAGCUCAGUCACACUUGUGGUCGGACAAGUACCGCCCACGCAAGCCGACGUAUUUGAAUCGAGCGUAUUUGAAUCGAGUGCAGACAGGAUUCGAUUGGAACAAGUACAACCAAACACACUACGAUAUGGACAAUCCGCCACCGAAAAUCGUUCAAGGAUAUAAGUUCAACAUUUUCUAUCCCGAUUUAUUGGAUCCGUCAACUACUCCUUCGUUCACCGUCACCCCUUGUGAUGAUCCUGACUUUGCCGUGUUGCGAUUCAAGGUAUGUGCAGGACCUCCUUAUGAAGAUAUUGCUUUCAAGUGCGUAAAUCGUGAAUGGGAAAUGUCUUUAAAAGACAACCUGCUGCGGUUGCUGUUCACUGUAAAUGACACUGGCUUCAUUUUGGUGAGUGCAGCGGUUUUCCUCGUGGACGCUGUUAUAACCUUCUUCAUCAUUCAAAAGGUCCCAUGUAUCCAGGCGGGACAUUUAUGGACAUACAGUGUCCUUCACGCUUUAACAAGUGGUGGCAAGGAUAUUCGCACAGCACAGUAUAUAUUCAUGUGCCUUUACCUCUUGAAUUUGUUGGCUGUUCUUCGUUUGUACUACAAGUCAAAUAAGAUUGCCCCAUAUGUUUUGGUGUUUUUGUGUUUCACUGGUUAUCGAAUUCAUUCGAUUUUUGUUCUUCGCCUUUUCAAUGAUCCGAUUGCCAUGAUGUUCUUCUAUUUGGCGGUCAACUUUUUCAUUUCUGAGAAAUGGCUAGUAGGAUGUCUUCUGUAUAGUUUUGCCGUUGGCAUCAAGAUGAAUGUGUUGCUUUUUGCUCCGGCCCUAUUUUUCAUCCUCCUGCUGAAUGUCGGCGUCUGGAAGACAGCUCUAAAUCUCAUAUGCUGUGCUGCUGUGCAGAAACACUGUUCGCGUUAUUCUCUGCCAACUUGA